CGGACGCCACGCCCCUUCUCGGGCUCUCGAGUCUCGACGUCUCCCUUUCUGCUUCAUCCCUCCACCGAGCUGUGAAAUCACCUCCGGCGCCGCGCCUCCCCUCCUCGGAUCGAUCGCGUCUAUCGGUGACGGCCAACCAUGGCCGGGAAGCUAAUUGCAAACCUUAUUGUCAUGGGCUCUGGGAUUAUAGGAAGAGCUAUGCUUCAGGCAUACCGAAAAGCACUUGAAAAUGCAAAUAAAACUGGUGUGGCCCAUGAAGCAAUAAAUAAUAUCCGUCGGACCAGCAAAACAAUGACCGAGCAAGAAGCGAGGCAGAUAUUAGGUGUGACUGAGCAGUCGACAUGGGAAGAGAUUGCACAGCGGUAUGAGAAGUUAUUCGAGAGAAAUGCAAAAUCUGGAAGCUUUUACCUCCAAUCAAAGGUGCACCGCGCCAAGGAGUGUCUAGAAAACGUGUACCAAAACAACAAGCAAGAUGGAACUGCAACUUAAAAUUUGCAUCUUAAGUGUCAAGCUGUCUAGCUAUACACUGUAACCUAUAUUCUUUGCCCCUCUUCAUGAAAAAUGUACAUACCAACAACGGCCAAUGCUGUUGUAUAUCAUCAAUAAGAAUCAAGCACAGCCACGUCAGACAAGUAGAGAACUUAAUUUGUGAGGUACCACUGCACUCUUGUACGGCAUUAAGUAACUAUAGUUUUUGUUUUCAUU